AAAGGGAGAAGAAGAAGUUAUACGUUGAUGAAAGGCAAAGAAAAAGCAGGCGCCAUACACACGUUAGGGCACUACCCAAUGUUUCAAAUGUUGUUUCUGUCUCCUGUCUCUUCUAUUUUUUAGUUUCCUUAUAACUGAAGAAAAAAGCAAGCUCCUGAAGGAAGAAGCUACAGCUAGAAAAGUAAUGGCGAAGAAGAAGCAGAAGAAAGGGGAGCAAAAGCUCAAAUCCAAGCCAAUUCCAGACGUGGGUUGUGCAAUUACACAGGCACUCGAACGGUUUUGCUUGUCCAAUGACGAAGUUUUCACUUUUGAAGCUGAUCUUUCGAAGCGUGAACGUGCUCUCGUGCAUGAAGUGUGCAGGAAAAUGGGUAUGGCAUCAAAGAGUUCUGGGCAUGGAAACCAACGACGUGUUUCUGUUUAUAAAUCCAAAAUGCAAAUGGAGACCAUGAAAUUUUCCGAAAAAACCAAAACUGUUUUGGACGAUUUAUUCAGUAUGUAUCCUCCUGAUGAUGGAGAUUUGGGCAAGGAGACAGCUGGGAAACACAAUAAAAAGGCUGAUAAACAAAGGCGAAAGAAAGAUGACAUUUUCUGGAGGCCGUCAAUGAACAAGGAAGAGAUAAUGAAGAAACUGGGAUCAUAUACUAUGAAGAGUGUUGCUAAUCUGAAAAAGAUCUCAGAAGAGAGAUCUAAACUUCCAAUUGCAUCAUUUCAAGAUGUCAUUACUUCAACAGUUGAAUCUCAUCAGGUCGUUCUCAUAUCUGGUGAGACUGGGUGUGGAAAGACAACACAGGUCCCUCAGUUUCUUUUGGAUUAUAUGUGGGGUAAGGGAGAGACAUGUAAGAUAGUUUGUACCCAACCUCGACGAAUAUCUGCUAUAUCAGUUUCUGAGCGAAUCUCCUAUGAAAGAGGAGAAAAUGUUGGAAGUGAUAUUGGAUACAAGAUACGGCUGGAAAGUAAAGGCGGAAGACACUCAUCUAUUGUACUCUGCACGAAUGGUAUUCUUUUGAGGGUGCUGAUUUCAGAAGGUUUGGGCAAAUUAACAAUGGAAGCUUCUGAAAAGAGUAGGAAAAAUAAAAAUGUUGUGUCUGACUUAACUCACAUUAUUGUGGAUGAAGUUCAUGAAAGGGACCGUUACUCUGACUUCAUUUUAACAAUUUUGAGAGACUUGCUUCCAUCAUAUCCUCAGUUAAGGCUGAUACUAAUGAGUGCUACAAUUGAUGCUGAACGGUUUUCAAAAUAUUUUGGUGGCUGUCCAAUUAUCAAUGUUCCUGGAUUCACCUAUCCUGUAAAAAAUUUCUAUCUGGAGGAUGUACUUUCUAUAGUGAAGUCUUCGGAAGAGAACCACCUUGAUGAUAGUAUAGUGGGUGUCUCAGAUGAGGAACCUGAACUAACUGACGAAGACAAGCUUGCUUUGGAUGAAGCGAUUGACAUGGCUUGGUUGAAUGACGAAUUUGAUCCCCUUCUAGAAUUGGUUGCUUCCAACAGAUCCUCUCAAAUUUUCAAUUAUCAGCAUUCUGUGACUGGACUAACACCUCUAAUGGUUCUUGCUGGAAAGGGUAGAGUUUCUGAUGUUUGCAUGCUGCUCUCUUUCGGUGCCAUGUGUGAAUUACGGGCAAAGGAUGGCACAACUGCAUUAGAAUUGGCUGAACGAGGAGAUCAGAAAGAAACUGCUGAAGCAAUCAGAAAUCAUUUGGAAAGUUCCAUGUCCAACUCCAAGGAAGAACGUCGGUUGAUUGGUACAUAUCUUGCAAAAAAUUCUAAUUCUGUCGAUAUUGGUCUUAUAGAGCAGUUGUUAGGAAAAAUAUGUCUUGAUUCGAAAGAAGGAGCUAUUCUUGUUUUCCUUCCUGGGUGGGAUGAUAUCAGCAAAACUCGAGAAAGAUUAUCAGUCAAUCCUCUUUUCAAAGAUGCAUCAAAAUUUUUGAUAAUCUCUCUUCAUUCAAUGGUUCCUUCUAAAGAGCAAAAGAAGGUAUUCAGACGACCGCCUCCUGGUUGCCGCAAAAUUAUUCUGUCUACUAAUAUUGCUGAAACGGCCAUUACAAUUGAUGAUGUGGUUUAUGUUAUAGACAGUGGAUGGAUGAAAGAAAAAAGUUAUGAUCCUUACAGUAAUGUUUCUACUUUUCAAUCAUCUUGGAUAUCAAAGGCCAGUGCCAAGCAGCGUGAGGGUCGUGCAGGUCGCUGUCAGCCUGGGAUAUGCUAUCACCUUUAUUCAAAGUUUCAAGCAUUGUCUCUUCCUGAUUUUCAAGUUCCUGAAAUUAAGAGAAUGCCGAUGGAAGAACUCUGUUUGCAGGUGAAAUUGCUUGAUCCCAAUUGUAGGAUAGAGGAUUUCUUGCAGAAGACUUUGGACCCUCCAGUUUUUGAUACUAUCCGUAAUGCAAUCUUAGUCCUCCAGGAUAUUGGGGCUUUGUCACUAGAUGAGAAACUGACUGAGCUUGGGGAGAAAUUAGGUUCAUUGCCUGUCCAUCCAGUCACAAGCAAGAUGCUUAUCUUCGCCAUACUGAUGAACUGCCUUGAUCCUGCUCUAACUCUGGCUUGUGCUUCGGACUACAAGGACCCUUUCACUCUUCCAAUGUUACCAAGCGAAAGAAAGAAAGCUGCUGCUGCUAAAGCAGAGCUUGCUUCUUUGUAUGGUGGGCAUAGUGACCAACUGGCUGUUGUAGCUGCAUUUGAUUGCUGGAAAAAUGCUAAAGAUAGGGGUCAAGAGGCCCGCUUCUGUUCUAAAUACUACAUCUCCUUGAGCACUAUGACUAUGCUAUCUGGCAUGCGGAGACAACUUGAAAUGGAACUAGUUCAAAAUGGUUUUAUACCUGAGGAUGUUUCAACUUGCAGCGUGAAUGCUUGUGACCCUGGCAUACUCCACGCUGUCCUUGUGGCUGGUUUAUAUCCGAUGGUGGGAAGAUUACUUCCACCUCAGAGAAAGGGAAAACGAGCUGUUGUAGAAACUGGUUCAGGGAGCAGAGUGCUUUUGCACCCGCAGUCCCUUAACUUUGAACUGUCACUUAAGCAAACGGAUAACCGCCCUCUAAUUGUUUAUGAUGAGAUAACCCGCGGGGAUGGUGGUACACACAUAAGAAAUUGUACUGUUGUUGGGCCUCUCCCAAUAUUAAUGGUUGCAAAGGAGAUUGCUGUUGCCCCUGCUCAGGAGAACGAUAAUUGUAAAGAUGGUAUUGAAAAUGACGAUAAUGGCAAUGAUGAAGCUGGUAUUGUUGAAACUGUUGAAGAGAAGAUGGACAUAGAAAAUAAAUCAAAUCAACAACCAGAAGAGAUGAUUAUGUCCUCCCCUGAUAACUCAGUAACUGUGGUUGUUGACCGUUGGCUGCAGUUUUGGUCCAAGGCACUUGAUAUUGCUCAGUUAUACUGCUUGAGAGAGCGAUUAUCUUCAGCAAUAUUAUUCAAAGUAAAGCAUCCAAAUGGAGUUCUUCCUUCUGUUCUUAAUGCCUCUAUGCAUGCCUUAUCUUGCAUCCUAUCUUAUGAUGGCUUAUCUGGUAUUUCAUUAGAAUCAGUAGAAAUGUUGACGUCGAUGGUAAAUGCAACUGAAAUUGGCCAUUUUGCACCUGGGAGGUCCAUAGGAUCGCAUAAGAAAUCUAUGCAAGGUCGACACCGCAGUCACAUAGAGAGCAUAAGCCUUUCAAGCCAGGAAAACCCUCUCGAGACCAAAGUGCUACCGAGCAGCAGCAUGCUCAAGAGAACAAUACACGUAAACAGAGAAAGCCCCACAAGGAGCACAUGGCAGCUAAACAGCAGAAGCCUCCAUCAGGAGACCUCAGUUUAAAUGGGUAUGGAUUGAACUCGUAUGGACCAUAUGGCCCUCGGGGUAUCUCUCUAAAGCGGCCUCGUGGUAACGGUGUGGGAUAAGAUCUAAUAAAAAAAGUAAUCAAGUAAUCUUCAGGUGACUGAACUCGGUGAAUGUAUUGUAAUAUAGCUUCACAUGAGCAUCCUAUGGUGGAUGUGGCGUCUCUGUAGUCUCUGACCAAUGGUUAGUAGAAACUAUGACACUCGGCUCAGUUAUGACUGGAGAUGUCUAGUGAUUCACGCCUCUGGGAAUGGAACUCUAUUGCUUUUGUAGAUGAGACAAGCAUCAUCCGAAUCCAUUCAUUAUAGUUUGCUUUCAGGUACAAUUGUAAGUAUAGUAGUAGAUGACUGAGCUCGGUUUUCGCCUUUCUGAGCAUCCAAUGCAAUACAAGUUCUUUUGGGUAUGUCGUUCUGGGUUUCAGCACAUUAGAAUUGAUGUGUUAGUAUAAUCAUAUGAUUUAUCAAUGAGAGGAUAUGCUUCCUCUAUAACUCUUAAUUCUCUCUGUAUACAAAUCCCAUUUACUAGCCAUGCUAUGAGAUUGGGACUGGUGGCCCUUUAGUUA